GCCAGAGCCGACGAUAAAUGGAAGAGCUUUCGCGUGGGCGCGCGCUGAGUCGCCCUGCGGUGCGAAGCCAGCUGUUGCGCGUGAAUGAGCUUCGGGGCACUGUCAUUGGCAUUGUGGCCGCUCUCCUUCAUUUACUCCUGUUGAUUACCACAACUUCAGCCGAGCCAAGCCAAGUUUUGAGCGCAAUCGGAACUUCCAAAUAUCCCGUGUUCACUUCGUUUCGGCCAGCGGGGGGUUGAGUGUGUGGGUAGGUCUUGGCUCAUCCGGCGUUAACGCCAGCGCGGCAUCUGUAAUGCUCAUCGCCACGGGGCUGCUGAUCGAGUUUUUCUUGGCACUUCUGAUCGCAAGCACCGAAGCUGUCACUUGGCACGAGCUCAAGGCUGCCCUGGGCAAGCGGAGGCACCUGCAGUGGGUGCGUGACCUGCGGCCCUUGGUUCAAGAUCAGCUGUUGUACGCGGGUGAGCUCUCCUUGGGGGAGAAGGAGAUCUUCCAUGAUGUGCUGCACAACAUUCUUGUGCCCCGCACUGUUGGCAGCCAGGGCCACCGAAAAGUGCGACAGUUCCUCCGUGAGUCAAUGGAGCAACUUGACUGGCAUGUGGAGGAGGACAAGUUUGAGGCCCCAACACCACAUGGCAGCAAGGUGUUCAGCAACAUUGUUGCCACCUUGGACCCCUCGGCCUGCCACCGGCUGGUGUUGGCCUGCCACUACGACUCCAUGGUCCACAAGGGCGGCGUGUUCCUGGGUGCCACUGACUCUGCAGUGCCCUGUGCCCAGCUGAUCUACUUGGCCACAGUGCUCGAUGACAAACUGAAAGAACAGAAAAGGCGGGGUGAUGGCCUGACCCUGCAGUUCAUCUUCUUCGAUGGUGAGGAGGCAUUUGUGCGCUGGAGCUCGAGCGACUCCCUCUACGGCUCGCGCCACUUGGCGUCCUUGUGGCAUCGCAACAGUACCCAGGGUUACAACCUCGAGGGUUGCUUGCCUCGCUCUGACAUCACCACCCAGAUCGAUCGCAUGGAGGUGAUGGUGCUCUUGGAUUUGCUGGGUGCACCCGAACCACGCUUCUACAGCUACUUUGUUGACACAAGGCCUGUAUACGACCGGCUCGUGGAUAUUGAGAGCCGGCUGAAUGACAUGGAUGCCAUGGAAACCAGGUGCAGCCGAUGCCGGACCAAUUACUUCAUCAACUCAUCGCAGCUGGCUCUCAUUGAAGAUGACCACAUUCCAUUUCUAAGGAAAAAAAGACCUCUGAGGGCAUGGAUGCUUUUGAUGGCACAGAAGUAGCAGUCCUUAAAAAGCAGUAGACGGUCUCUUCAAAGGGAGCAUAAACUGAACCCUGAGUACUUUCUUAUGGAUUAUUAAAGUGGUUUCUAUAAACCUUUUCGGUGCUUUCUUCUAUUUGUCUUCAUUUUCUGCAUUGUUUAUGAUCACAAGCCAUUUUGAAAUGAACAUGGCCAGCAUCACACACUCACGAAAGUUUCUUGAAGUAGGAAAAGGUUAAUUUGCUGCUAGGAAACCUGUGCCCAGUAUAACGCACCAUUGCAUACUCUGUGCCGUAGCCAGGUGAAUAAUGUUGGAUAAGCCAUAUACUAAUGUUGUAUUAAAUAAAACUGUAAAAUAUCGAGCAGGUACCCCCCCUCCCCCUUCUUAAGACAUAACUAAAAUAAGGAGUCGGGGGGAGCCUUUAUCGUAUUGCAUGGCUAAAGAUAUUGGCCACCACUAAAGAAUGCAAUUCAGUCUGCACUCUUUUAACAGAAGAGUGUGCUCAGGUCAUUGCGCAAGUCUUCAAAAGGUUUCUCACCAACUAAAAUAGAAAAAAGAAGUAUGCAAUUACACCACAUAUACUUAUUUAAUUAUAAAUGACGAAAAUUACAAAAUUGCAAAUACAGCAAAAAUUGAAACAUGUUAGAUGUUCUAAAGAAAUAAUCGUUGCCAAUUUUUAUGAAAAUUUAAUAGAAUGCCCACCCAGGACUCCUAAAUCUAGUCCUGCAAAAACAUGCUGCAACAUUUUAUUUUAAGUGAGAAAAUUGAGCCUAUUUUAAGACCCAUGUAUGGUCAUCCCGACCAAUGUGUCUCGUUCUAGUAAAAAAUAAAAAUCAUGCAUUGAGUUCUGGACCCAUUCUUUUUGCUGCAGUAAAGAAGAGUUCCAAAUAAAUGCACAGAAACAUUUACUUGGAGGUGUGCUAAUGUUGCUACAGUAAAAAAUCUUUGUAAUUCUGGCGACCACCACUGCAAACCAUGGUGCAAGAACAGAGGUGCUCCGACGGUGCGCCCGCGCUGGGGCAAGCGAGCGCCACCGCUAGGGACAGCACAUGUUAAGGGGGCCUUGCUCUCCGCCAAUUCUGCUGGCACAAGCGUGGAUAAUUCACAACCUCAGUCAGCAUUGAAACACCAAUACCUAAAGAUAUGCCUAAUUCUGAGCAGGUGGAAAGUUUCAUGCCACUUACUGUCAAAAUCUCCAACACGAGAGAGACGCGUCGUCUGCUUGAGCAGACAACACGCGAUCGGAGGCUGCUCUUGUUAACCUCAAGACACGAGGCCGGCUGCUUACAUACUUCAAUUGCCAGAGAGAAGCAGUUUUCCGGAAACAUGCUGAAAAGCCUGAUGUUUAAAACCUCACAAUCGGUGAAAUGCUUGAUAAGCACCGCAUUGUAUUUACAUGUGCUGAGUGCAAAGUCGUGUUGGUGCUGUGGUUGGUGUGUGUAUCUGUGUUGGUGCUGUGGUUUCUUAUCUACUUUGCCAUAUUGACUCAAAGCACUACCCACUGUUUUGGCACCUAAUACAUGUGCAAAGAAACCAAAUGAACCACAUGACCUUUU